GUCACGGGGCUGGGAUUCAGAAAACAAGGCACACAAAUUUAGCUUCCUGAAAAGCCGUGGAUUAUGUCUUGUGACUCUCAGAUUUCGUCUCCAGAGGAGUGCUUUUGAUGGCCACCCCUCAGGUGUCAAGAGAUGGGAGAUAUUUCAAUCACACUGCACUCACUCACACCAGCCUUUUCUGGAGACCCUCCGGCUGCACUGCAUUCAGCGGAGAGUUGGAUUUUGGAUUUAUUAUUAAGAACUGAGGCUCGAGGACUUGGGAGUCAUGUGUGGGGUGUAAAUGAGACCUUUGAACUACUAAACACAGGAUUCAGCGUGCAAUAAGUUGGAAGAAGUGUCAUGGAUGCAUUAGCUUUAGAGGCAAAAGGGGCUAAGAGUGAAAGUGCAGCACCUGCACCCCCUAAACCCAGACCAAAACCCCCCAAAAAACCAAAACGGAUUGUUUACUUUGAGGUGGAGAUACUAGACAUCAAAACCCAGGAAAAACUACUGCUUCUGGAUAAGGUAGAACCGACUGCCACUAUUUUGGACAUUAAGUCUAUGUUCCACAAAUCAAAUCCACACUGGUAUCCUGCCAGACAGUCUUUACGCCUGGACCCAAAAGGAAAACCCUUAAGAGAUGAGGAAAUCCUUCAAGAGCUUCCUGUAGGAACCACCGCAACCUUCUACUUUAGAGACCUGGGAGCCCAGAUCUCCUGGGGAACUGUGUUCCUAAUCGAGUGCAUUGGACCACUUGUCAUAUAUCUGCUGUUUUAUUUUCGACUGCCUUUAAUCUACGCUCCCAAGUACGAGUUCACCGCCAGCAAGCAUUUGGUUGUGCAUAUUGCCUGUGUGUGUCAUUCCUUCCACUACAUGAAGCGAAUCCUGGAGACGUUGUUCGUCCAUCGCUUCUCCCAUGGCACCAUGCCACUGCGCAACAUUUUUAAAAACUGUUCCUAUCACUGGUGUUUUGCUGCAUGGAUGGCUUAUUACAUCAAUCACCCACUUUACACACCGCCAUAUUAUGGGGAGAAGCAGGUGAAGGCAGCGCUGGCAGUCUUUCUAUUCUGUCAGCUUGGCAGCUUCUCGAUUCACAUGGCUCUGCGUAAUCUCAAACUACCUGGUUGUAAGAUUAAGAAGAUUCCUUAUCCAACCAAGAAUCCUUUUACAUGGAUGUUUGCACUUGUUUCAUGCCCAAAUUACACAUAUGAGCUGGGAUCUUGGCUCGGAUUCACACUCAUGACCCAGUGUGUCCCCGUGUUGUUCUUCACUGUGGUGGGAUUCAUCCAGAUGACCGUUUGGGCCAAAGGAAAGCAUCGCAGCUACCUGAAGGAGUUCAAAGAGUAUCCCACACUGCGCUCCCCAAUCCUACCAUUCAUCCUAUAGCAGGAAGAUACAACACUAGAAAUAAGGUCAACAGAGCAAACAUA